AUGGAGGCUUUAAAAAUUUCGUCUGUUCUGUUGACUGUUCUUUGUGCUUUUUGCCAGAGAGCUUCACCAUGUGGCUUAUCAACACAUGUUGAAAUAGCUCACAGAGCUCUGGAAUUUUUCAGCAUACAAAAAGGAAAUGUUGACUACCGGAAGUUGCUGCUAACCCACCAGGAUGCUUAUCAGGCUGGGAGUGUUUAUCCUGAUGCCUUUUAUUCUGAUAUCUGCAAACAUGGGUUAUUUCAUCAAGUAUCUGAAGACACGCACUGGGCACCUUUUCUCAAUACCAGCAUCCACUACAUCAGGCAGAACUAUCCACAGCCUUGGGAAGAGGCUACAGAGAAACUGGUGGCUUUCCUUUUUGGAAUCGCUUCUCACAUGGUGGCAGACGUGAGCUGGCAUAGUUUGGAUAUUGAGCAAGGGUUUCUACACGCCAUGGCAGCAAUUGAUUUUCAUGGAUCCUAUUCCGAAGCUCAUAGUGCUGGUGAUUUUGGAGGAGAUGUGCUGAGCCAAUAUGAGCUAGAUUUUAACUAUUUGGAUCCAAGAUGGUAUGUACCAGUCAAAGAUUUAAUGUCAAUCUAUGAGGAAUUUUACGGCCAGGAAGCCAUAACCGAAGACGCUAUAAUUGAAUGUGCAUAUCUACAAUUUCUUCAAUUGUACGGUGAAAUGUUCAGUGUUGCCAAGCUUUACCCUGUCUAUGCCAGAAAAUCCCCAUUUUUGGUGGACAAAUUCUAUGAGUAUUUUCUUGGUGGUGUGGAUGAUAUGGCAUUCUCAUCGAACAACAUUUUUGAGCUAACAAGCCAAAUGUUAACGAGUGGGUCCAGUGGCUGCUUUAUUCCUGAGAACCCUUUGUAUAUAAAGUGCAAACAUGAACCCAGAAAUACGAUCAUCAGGCCCAAACAGUUGAAAACUGAGCACCGUAGAAACAUGUCUUCUUCAGUGGCAAAAUCAGAUGAAAGGAAUAUCAACUAUACAGAGAGAGGAGUUUAUUUUGACAUGCCCCCUUUGAUCAUGGUAAGUCUUUUACCAAGGAGUUUAGGUGCCUUUACUGAGAGUUUCAGGAAAGUGUUUGCUGUCACAAAGCAGCAGUCUCCUAAGUACAUCACCCAGCCCAGCGCUUCCUAUUUUCUGACAACUCCAUAUGCUAGACUUGGAUGGGCAAUGACUUCAGCUGAUUUAAACCAGGAUGGAUAUGAUGAUCUUGUAGUUGGAGCACCAGGAUACAGUAAAUCAGGACACGUUCAAAUAGGACGUGUAUAUAUUGUUUAUAGUAAUAAUUCAGGUUUGCCUUGUACAGAGAUGAACUUGGAUCAGGAAGCACAUGAAAUACUGGAGGGAACUAAGCUUUCAGGAAGGUUUGGUUCUGCUGUAGCAGUCCUAGACUUCAAUGAGGAUGGUGUAAUGGAUCUGGCGGUGGGAGUGCCAUCUGUUGGAUCUCAGGAGCUUACUUACAGGGGUUCUGUGUAUAUAUUUUUUGGAUCCAAAGGAAGAAAAGGUUUCUACAGCCUGCCAAACAUAACCAUAGUUUGCCAAGAAAUAUACUGCAACCUUGGCUGGUCAUUGCUGGUGGCUGAUAUUGAUGAAGAUGGGAAUAAUGACCUGCUGGUUGGCUCUCCUUAUGCACCCGGUGGUGGAAAACAAAGAGGUUUUGUGGCUGGGUUUUACUCAUUUUUCAACAGAAGCAGCCAAGUUCUACUUUCUGUAUCGGAUGCUGACUGGAUGGUGAAAGGAGAAAGAGAUUAUGCCUGGUUUGGAUACUCACUCAGCAGCAUCCAGCUUCAAAAUAUGACCUUGUUGCUUGUUGGCAGUCCUUCCUGGAAAAGCUGCACUGGUCUAGGUUGUUAUUUCUCACAGAAUACCAAGCAGGCUGUUGGAAGGGUGUAUGGCUAUUUCCUACCACACACACACAGCUGGUUUACUGUAACUGGAGAUAAGGAAAUGGGGAAACUGGGCACAUCCUUGGCCACAGGUUUCAUUUCUGUUGAAGGAAUCCCUAGGCACGUGUUGGUAAUAGGCGCACCCACACAAGACGGUACAUCUAAGUUUUCAUUUAUAAUCUCAGCGCUACACCAAGCAGGAACUGCAUUAAUAUAUGACUUCACAGACACUACCAGGCCUCUUUUGCUCAGCACUUUCAGCGGGGACAAGAGAUUCUCACGGUUUGGAGAAGAUGUACACCUGAGGGACCUGGAUGGUGAUGGAUUUGAUGAAAUCAUUAUAACAUCACCUCUUCGAUGGGCUGAACGUGUUUACAUAUUUAGUGGAAACCAGACCACUUUGGGUAAUGUGACUGGCCAUUGCAAAUCAUGGACCUCCCCUUGUCCUGAAGAUUGGGCAAAAUAUGUGUUAAUUUCACCUGAGGAAAGAUCAAGAUUUGGGAGUGCUGUGAUUACAGUAAAAUCUGGACAAAAGAAUGAAGUCGUAGUAGCUGCAGAAAGAAGUUCAGUCAAAGCCCGACUUGGUGGAAGGCUUUUCAUCUACACUUUUUAA